AUGACUAGAAGUAAAGUGAAGCUUGCUUUUAUUGAAAAUAUCAAUAAGAGAAAAGCCUCAUACAACAAAAGAAUGAAAGGGUUCUUGAAAAAGGUACAUGAACUGAGCAUUCUUUGUGAAGUUGAAAUAGUUGUCGUCAUCUAUAGUACUUACCACCAGGAACCUAAGGUGUUUCCAAGUCAUGAUGUUGCUAUCAACACAUGUACAAAGUUUAGGGAGUUUUCAUAUUUUGAGCAAUCAAAAAACAUGAUGACACAAGAAAAGUUCACCAGGCAAAGGAUAGAGAAAAUGGAGGAACAACUGCAGAAAGUAAAGAAAAAAAAUAGGGUUAGUGAGCUCACAAACAAGAUGCAUGAACUUUUGAAUGGAGGAGAUAUUCAUGUUGGCAUGAAUUUUUCCGAACUCAAUGAUCUAAGUUAUGUGAUCAACCAAAAUCUUAAAAAUAUACGUGAAGCACUCAAAGCAAAGGAUGACGGAGAGGAUUCUACAUCUAAUGCCCCUAAGUCCAUUGUUGGAUUGAUGGAAUCUGGUGGAACCAGCUCCGUGUGGCCAAGGGCUCCUCGAUUUUCAUCACAAAUUUUUUCUCCAAUUCCACAAAUGCCUCAACAAAUAGCCCCUCCAAUACUUCCAACAAUAAUGGUUUCUCCAAUAUCUUCACCUAUGAUGGCUCCUCCAACAUCUGUUCCAAUACUUCCUGAAGUGAACCCUUCAAUGAAUAUUUCUCCAAUAGGUGCAUCAGCUCCAAUGGAUAACCACCAGCACUAUUCAGUUAUCUCUCCACAAAGUCCUGCAUUUUCUGAGUUGUUGGAUUGGAUACUUGAUGAUCUAUCUUUCGACAAUAUUACUGAUCAAGAUCCAAACCAGAACAACAACAAUAUGUAA